UUGAAUGACACGAAGAAGAAAUGUGCGCGCUUCCGGUUUUGUUGUGUGACGUAACUUCCUUUCUGUCCGUGCUAACCUCCGAGUCGACACGCGCUCCCUUCUUGCUCAAAAUGCGUUACGUUGCCGCUUACCUGCUCGCCGCCCUUGCCGGCAAUGACAGUCCAGACGCCAAACACAUCAAGAAGAUCCUGGACAGUGUUGGCAUUGAGGCCGAUGACACCCGUCUGGAAAAGGUCCUCUCUGAGCUCAAAGGCAAGAAAGUGAAUGAUGUGAUCGCUGCAGGUUUCAGUAAACUGGCCAGCAUGCCAGCAGGAGGUGCUGUCGCUGUCGCCAGCUCUGCAGGCGCUGGCUCAGGAGGAGCCGCAGCCCCCGUUGCAGCAGCUGAGGAAAAGAAGGAAGAGAAGAAGGAAGAGUCUGAGGAAUCCGACGACGAUAUGGGAUUCGGUCUAUUUGACUAACAUCUUUGUAUGGAAUAAAAUUUGUGGACAAAGUUGCCUCAGAUUACCUACAUAUUCAUCCCAGCAGACACCAUUUUGGUUUGGAAUAUUUGAGUAAUGUAUUAAGUCACAAAAAUGCUUUAAAAGUAUAUUUUGGAAGCUUUUUGUGAAAUUUAAGCCGGCGAAUAUAGCAAAAUAAAAAAAAAAACAACCUACA